AUGGCCUCUCCAAUUCCUCGAGGCCUGCGCCAGGUCCUCCAGAAGUCUCCCUCGGACAUUGUCAUUCUUUCUUCCCUCCGUACCCCGGUUACUCGUGCGAAGAAGGGCGGUUUCAAGGACGCCUAUCCCGAAGAGCUGCUCGCUCACGUCCUCCGGGCCACUUUGGAGGCGAACCCGAACCUCGACCCUGCUCUCAUCGACGAUGUCGCCAUCGGUUCCGUUCUCCAGGAACUCGGUGGUGCGAAGGCUGGCCGUAUGGCUCAGAUCCACGCCGGCUUCCCCCACAGCGUGCCUUUCCACACGAUCAACAGACAGUGCUCCUCCGGUCUGGCUGCUAUCUCCACAAUUGGAAACGGAAUCCGCUCUGGAGCGAUUAACGUCGGUGUCGGUGGUGGAAUGGAGUCCAUGACUAGAAACUAUGGCUCCCGCGCCAUCCCCACCGUUCUCUGGCCCGAGCUGAAGGAGUCUCACUCCCAGGACUCCCGCGACUGCAUCAUGCCCAUGGGUAUCACCUCCGAGAACGUCGCUUCGCGCUACGGCAUCUCCCGUGCCGACCAGGAUGCGUUCGCUGCCGAGUCCCACAAGAAGGCUACUGCCGCCCAGAACGCUGGUCUGUUCGACAAGGAAAUCAUCCCCGUCAAGACCCUCUCCUAUGACCCCGAGAACCCCGAUGCUCCUCCCAAGGAGAUCACCGUCACCAAGGAUGACGGUAUCCGCCCCAACAUCUCGGUUGAGAAGAUGGCUAGCCUGAAGCCCGCUUUCUCUCCCACCGGUGCUAGUACCGCUGGAAACAGCUCCCAGGUCAGCGACGGUGCCGCUGCCGCUCUGCUCAUGCGCCGUUCGACCGCCACCGAGCUCGGCCUGACCUCUCAGAUCCAGGGCCGCUGGGUUGGUACUGCCGUUGCGGGCUGUGCUCCCGACGAGAUGGGUGUCGGUCCCGCGGUUGCUAUCCCCAAGCUCCUUCAGCAGCUUGACAUGACCGUCUCGGAUGUCAACGUCUGGGAAAUCAACGAGGCUUUCGCCUCCCAGGCCUUGUACUCUAUCCGCAAGCUGGGUAUUGAUGAGGCCAAGGUCAACCCCAAGGGUGGUGCCAUCGCUAUCGGUCACCCUCUUGGUGCCACCGGUGCCAGACAGCUUGCCACUCUGCUUCCUGAGAUGGAGCGCACCGGCCAGGAAGUCGGUGUUGUGAGCAUGUGCAUUGGCACUGGUAUGGGCAUGGCUGGUAUGUUCGUCCGGGAGUAA